CUCUCUGACGUAGACGUAGACGAAUGUCAAGAAAAAUCUGACGACUGCCACCUUAAUGCCAGCUGCAAUAACACUAUGGGAUCAUUUGGCUGCAGGUGUAAUGAUGGAUUCCAUGGAAAUGGCCACCUUUGUGCAGGUAACUCGGCGACUUAUCUUGUACCAGCCCUCCCUCGUAUUCGUAGUUUAACUGUGAAAAUUCUAAUUUACUUAACAAUAAGGAAACAAGAGAUUUGUGUCCAUAAAUUCGAGCGAACCUUUUUGAAGUUCAAAUUUUGAAUCAGUAACUUUAGUUUAUUCUGAACAGCCACAGGUUUGCACACCUGAUAACUGUUGCUUACGUUACCUAAAAUAGAUACAGACGAGUGUCAACUGGAUCAUGGCUGUCACUUACACGGAGAGUGCAUGAACACUGCGGGCUUGUUUUACUGUACAUGCCAGCCCGGUUGCACAGGAGACAGUAGAGGAAAAGCACACUCAAGCUACAGUUGUCCACGUCACUCCCUUGGAAUUUCUCCGAGGAACUAAAAUGUACACUGGCUAAUAGCCUUAUCCCUGUAGAGUCUACUGAAAACUACUUUCUGGGCCCUCCCCCCCCUAAAAAGUUCUUUACCAGCUAGCCCGGGGUCAGCAUGUUUUCCCCAUCCUGCCCUAGUAUCCCUAAUAAGUUUAACUGGUUGUGGCUGCAUUCCAGGAACUUCUUUGUAGUGGAGCAGCGGUUUACCUCGACAAAGUACAAUGUUUCCCUCUCUAGCGAACUUCCUUCUCUUGUAAUUUGGAAGGAGACGUUUAUAUAAAUACCUAAAAGCAUAUAGUUACUGAUGCAUUAUUUAUCAAUUAAUGAGAUCAGCAACGCAACUAAUUCUUCUAACUGGGUUCUGGAUAAUCUUUUACAACCUCACAGACAUCAAUGAAUGCGAAAUCAGCUCUCACAGUUGCCAUAAGUAUGCGAAGUGCAUAAACACAGAUGGUUCAUUCAGCUGCUUAUGUAGAUCAGGAUAUACUGGAGAGGGAUUUUCUAAAUGUGAAGGUAACAACUCUUAAAUAGAGAAAGAUGUUGAACAAGAAAGAAGGUAAGUUUUAAGCUCGGUAUUCUAUUUACAAAACAUGACGCUAUCGAAAUUGCUGAUCCUAACAGUAUGCAGGACGCGUGUCAUAUAUUGACUACGUAAUAAGCCAUGCUCACCAAAGAGUCUCUGUGACUCAGUGGUGGAACAUCGGGGCGCGGAAUCCGUAGGUCUGAGGUUCGAUUCCUCGUGGGGACUCAGAAUUUUUUGUUUGUCCCACACUCGUGACAAGACGAAAAACAUCUUUCUUCAUUUCUUUACCGAGCUUAAAAAUUACCAUCUUUCUCAUUCUAAUUACAAUACUUUGAAAUAUUGCUUCAUGACGUGUGUAUCUCCAUUCUGUCCCCGCCAUGGACAUUUGGAGGCGAUCCUGAACUUUCGACCGAAACAUUUCCAAAACAAAGGCGAGGCUUCGACUUCCUUUUCGAAGUAAUCUCAAAGUUUGAGAUCGCUGAUGUGAUGUGGGAAUGAUGUCUGAUGAGGGGACAUAAUCCAGCACUUAGUCUCAUGCUCUGUUUAAAUUGAGUCAAGCGUUAAAUCUUAAAAGAGGGUUAAGGUGAUCCAAGAUUUUUUCGUUAUGAGGUAAGUUUUGCCCCUAAAAUAGCACAAACAUGCAACUCAACCACUUUUAUGAUGCAAAGGUUUUACUUUUAAUAGUUUCUGACUUUAGACAAACUUCGUCUCUAGACGUUCUCUAAACGGACACCCUAUUGACGUCCCAUCAUCUUUACUUUAACGCCCAGGAAAGAAAAACGUUUUGAAGUUACAUAAGAGUCCUGUUUUAACAUGCUCCCCUAAGUUUCUGUUGGCGUCAAAGCGGUCAUUUCUGAAAAAUGUGACUGGCGCUUUCCUUUUACUUUUGAUUCACAUGGACCAUCUGGUAUCUUCCUUGAUUGCAAUCAGAUUUCUUGAGAUCAGUGAAUGUCUUCUUCACACAGAUCAGUUAUUCUUGUUCACCAAGUCUUACAAACCUAUUGGCUAACGAGCCUGGUACGAUUUGUGGGUAAUCCUGCCGACUGGGAAGUAAAACCAUAAGGUUUAACUGAGAACUUAAUUAUACCCAUUUGAACUCUUGGUGGAAACAUGUAGCAUUUGUAGGAGAACAACAAAUUUAUUCUGGCAGGGCUUCAAAUCCGCCAGGUCAAAAGUCCGGUUCGCUGACCAUUUACAAGACCAUUCCCAUUCCAAGGCAUUCUUUUAUUUCUUAAAUACAAUGGUGGUAUCUUUGUAUACUUAGAUGUUGACGAGUGUGACAAUUUAUCACACAAAUGUCAUGCAGAAGCGUCUUGUCGUAACACAGUUGGAUCCUAUAGGUGCUUCUGCAAAGAGCCUUACCAAGGAGAUGGGUUUGCCUGUCGCCUCGGAGGUAUGAAUAGGUUUCGGUACAACGGCCGGAACUGAUGAAUCACUUAGACAUAUUUGAUACCCUACCUUACGAGGAAUUUUCCCGAAUUUGGAGGUUUUGACAUAAAAGUGUCGUGAUAAUAAAAAAAUUAAAAACAAAACAAAACAUGAUAACAAUAACUUUAGUCAAGUGUCAAGUGUCAAGUGUCAAUUGAUCCAGAAGUUACAAACACUAUCUAAAAUCCCAAAAUACUAACAGUCUGAAAUAUUGAUUUUCUGGACAUGUCAUCCCAUUUUUAAUGACUGAAAAUUCGACGGACUGCUAUCAUUUUCGACGAAAAAAAGUGAAACCUUAUCCUCUAGCAAAAUCUGUUGGUUAACCAUUGCUUUCUCUAAGAAUGUGCCAUUUCUUUUUUAUAGAACCACCUUCUUUUACAUCACAACCGAUGUCCACAAUUAUUGAAGAGAAAGAGAACGUGACGUUCACGUGCUCAGCGUAUGGCGAUCCCAUACCCAACAUCAUGUGGUCAAAAGAAAAUGGAACCUUGCCAGUAGGAAGGUCUCUUGUGUCUUUUGAUAGCUUGUCCUUGUGGAAUGUUUUAAGGAAUGACUCUGGGAAUUAUACCUGCACUGCUACCAGCACUGCCGGUACUAUUUCAUCAUCAGCAGAGCUACAUGUGCAUUCAGUUCUCGAAUUCACGACGGAUUCUUCCUUUGGUCCCUUUAAUAUUUUUAUCGGCGACUCACUCAUAAUUCCCUGCUUAGCUGAAAGUGAUCUGAAACCUAAAAUGACAUGGCUUUUACCGAACGUCUCUGGGGUGUGUGUUUUUGAUAACAACACGUUGUUUAUUGCCUUUGCUGAGUUGUCCCAUGCUGGCACGUAUAUAUGCCAAGCUGAGAAUGAUCUUGUCAUUCUGCAAGGAUUCGUUGAUGUGUAUGUUCAUAUUCAUCGUACAUGUCACCACAUCAAAAUCCAACAGGAACUAUCAUCAGGUGGCAAUCAAGUAGAUACAAGUGGAAUAUAUUUCAUUGAUCCUGAUGGUGAGGAUACUGGCGUGGCUCCCUUUCUAGUAUUUUGCAACAUGAGCAUGGUAGAUGGUACUGGCGCGACACUUGUAAGCCACGACAGCGAGAACAGGACCGAAGUUAAUGGUUUCGGACCUAGUGGAAGCUAUAUAAAAGACAUAAGUUACACAGGAGUAACUUUGUCCCAGAUUGUAAGUCUUAUGAAAGUGUCAGAGAGUUGCCACCAAUUUAUCAAAUACGAGUGCUAUAAGUCAGCCCUACUGAAACACAAUACGGGCUAUUGGGUGUCACGUGAGGGUGAGAUAAUGGAGUAUUGGGGUGGAGCUUCUCCAGGCAGUGGAAUGUGCGCUUGCGGCGAAACCCUUACCUGCAUUUCAAAUAAACAAAAUUGCAACUGCGAUACAGAGAAUAGCGAAUGGCUAGAAGACAGUGGCUACCUGAGUGAUGAAAGUACCCUGCCUGUUACCCAACUAAGGUUUGGAGACGCAGAUCAUAAAGACGAACUAGGAUACCACACAUUGGGAAAGCUCGUGUGUUAUGGAGAACGCCUUCCACAGUCUCCCAAUUGA